AUGCCCCUUCGGAUUAAUCAAAAUGUCAACCAAACUCCGAGAACCUUGCCUGCUGAUGCACCGAAUAAGAGCAGUAACACACCCGCUAACGUUUCAAAAAUAGGAAACUGUUUCGCAGAAAAGAGAUAUGUAGCUGAGAGUACCAGUGACAUACGCAACAGUGGCAUAUCUGACACAACCUUUGAGAGGCAUGAGUCGACGGCGGGCUACGUUAAGCGCAGCCUGAACUCCAGCAAACCCAAUUGCAUCCCUGUAAUCUCUCGUAAAAUAUCGGCACCGUCAAUUGUGAAGUUACGACGCAACCAACCUCGCGAUUUUAAGAGGAAACCAAAAGUUGUGAACACACCAGAUAUGGAGCCAGGUGAAGCGCUAUACAUUUCCGAAUCUCUCUCUGUGCGUUUGUCAUCAAAGGAAAAUGCGUUGUCGGCCUCUCCGAUGUCUACGAGCAGCGUUAAACAGCAGCAGUCUUCGAGCCAACUAACUCUUCCGUGCGCGCCAGCGCCCUCCAAAGACUCCAGUAAAGCUGGCCCGGAUGAUAACAAGCUACGAGACCCUAAGGAUCUGAUAGCAAAAGCUGCCAAGAAGCAGUCCAGGACACUGGUACGCUCAAUCUCUGCUCAGCCUAUUUUUGCAGAGAAGGGCAAUAAAUAUGUGGCCCCAGCAGGGGCUGCCAGGUAUAAAGUGGGUGCGGUUUCUCACGUCACGCCUUCUUUCCAUGACAGCGACAUGGGGGCCCAAACUGAACAGCUCGAUCAAAUGGAGGCAGUUAUGGAUUAUAUUAAGCAUAUUUCAGACGCACUCGCACGGCGUACGCGUGGCCUGCCACCGCCGGCACAUCUUGACACUUUUCGAGCCACCAUAACGCCCCAGUCGAGGCAAAAACCCCUCGGCAGCGAGAAGAACGUUGAGAACCACACCAACAACAUGCUUUCGAAUCUAAGGGAAGCUGCUACCAUGCUUUUAGCGUGGUUUUCCAAAGUGGAGUACCUAAACCUUUCUCAGAAUGAGCCACUAAGGAACUUGGAGCUUCAGACACUAAACUCCGGCGCACGUGUGUUGGGGCUUGUGGAGGCGGUUGAGCGCAACUUCUUAACGCACGAGCUGAGCGUAGUGCGCGAGGCCUUCUUCAGUAGCGGAGGAUACUUGGUCGUAACGGAGUGCCGUGAGCUUAUCGAUGCCAUGACCCAGACCGCUCAGCAUAUCGUGCUUCUCCGUCAACUCGUUCAUGAACGGGACCUUUUCCGCGUUCGCGAUCUCUUCGAGAUGCAUAAGGACUCCAUUAAAAAGCGCUUGGAGAAUGCUUCAUCGAGGAGAUCUGCGCAGUAUCAGGAGGAAAUGCUCAAGGGACCGUUUUUUAUCUGGCUAGAACGGCGCUGGCUACCAGCAAUGCGUUCCUGGCGGCGGAUUGUCUUAGAAGCCCGCCAGCUCGCCAUCGGUGGCGAUAUUCAGGCCGCCCUGAUACACUCGCAGAACGAAGCAUUUGGUGUCGCAGCCUUGCAGGAUAUCCUGAGACCUGGUGAGACCAUUCAAGACCUGCACAAGACGCAGAUUGAGAUUCCCAUCGUGGAGCUUGCCAAGGUGCUUGAAAGGAAAGAAGAAAGCAUGAACACCUUGCGGGCUGUGAUGCAGAGAAACAAGGCGGCUACCGACACGGACAAGGUGGGGCCUGGAUUAUCUGUAUCUGUGGCUGAGUUGGAAAAAGCUAUCCAAUCUUGUCGUGAUGUUAUGGGCCAUGAUAAUAACAAGGGACCAGUGGACGAUCAGAUAGGACAGGUACUCGCAGAGGCCGAGAAGCUUCUAUUAGACAUGCAGGAAGUUGAGAAGACACGCCAAGCCCUGGCUGCGGAGCUGGCCACAGACGGUUCUGGCGGUGGGGUGCCACUGUUCCUGCAGAUUCACAAGGCAAAUGAACUUAUCCACAGGCUUCAUCUCGCCGAGAGUGCGUCUGAUGCCCACAAUGUUGUGAGCUCCUGUCGGACGGCAGUUACGAAGUUUGUGGAAGCCGAUACGAAGAGUAGUAAAAGUAAACAUAGCAAUCGACACAGUGCACGACCUGCAUCCCUGGUAGAUUUGCUUCCACCAAAUAUAUCCAUAUAUGAAGUGUCUUUGGCACAUAUGCCCUCGCAUGUGUGGCCUCUAUCGAUGGUGAUAUUAUACAAACAAGCCUGCUCGCGACUUGUAGAGCUAUUUACGUACGAGGCGGCUUGUCGGGGACUCGAGCGGACGCUAGGUGGUAUCCCUGGAACAUCACUGUCCCCUAUAAGCGAGACCACAAACACUCCUAAUCCCACAGUCGUGCAUAACGCUAACGCCGAUGAUGCGAGUAGCGCAAUCACUGACAGUACGAUCCGAAAAUACGAAAGCAGCCGCCACAGUGUGCUAUCAGAGCGAAGCGCUAUCGCGUCGCUUGAGGCUCAUCUACGCCGCUCCGAUAAAUCCGCUCUUUCAGCCCCGCUUCCUGCCGACCUGCGUUCAUCUUUAGCGCAGACACUUACACUAAAGUUAAAGGUUCAUUUCGAGGCACAGACUCGAAUUGUUCACGUUCAUGAGGCUGAUAAAACGUCUUUCGAAGACGUUUCAAAAAGGUUGUACAAGCAGUGCUGCGAGCUCUUCGCUAUCAUGCACCGAUCUCAGUCAUCUUUCCCACCGGACCCGCGAAGGCUGCGCAUUCGGUACGAAGACACGGAUGGGGACUUCAUCACGUUACUGAAUGAUGAGGACUGGCGGGUGAUGCUGAGCGAAUUGCGUCUCAGUUCAAACUUACGUCUUAGUUGUAGUGGUGGUGACGCACCGCGUGUCGUUCCCACAAAGCUGGAGGUGUACUGCGAUUUUAUUCUCCUUCCUGAAGAUAACACAGGUGAUUCCGCACAAGCUGCGACUCUUUCGUCAGGAAAACAAAGCGAACCGAACGUGAAAUGCAUCGACAGCGAAAUCAUGGACACAAAUGACGGGAGCGUCAGCUGUGCACCCCCGGAGCAUCAAAUGCCUGCGAAAAAAUUAGAGAAAUUACCUCACGAGGGUCCAGCGAUGAUGCGUCUGGAUGCGCUGAAGCGCACCCUUUUGUUGAAUUCGGGAGAGAAAAAUCCUUUAAAAAAUCGCAAGGACCGAGUCCGCGGCCCUGUUGGACGUUCCCGGAGUGCUCAACCGAUUUCAAAUACAUCGUCAAGACAGCAUGGGAGAUCGGGGCGGAAGCCUGAGCCGAUACCUUCAUCAGGACGCGAGGACUUUAGUCCGCCAAACCAACGCAACAGGGCAGCAAAGAGUGCACUUCGGGAUCUGACGCCAAGUCGGGGCUUUCCCCUCACAGCGAUGAAUCUUUCCCAGCAUCGGAACGAGACGGCCAUCUUGAAGGAAAAGAUACCUUCCAACGAUACGUCUAACAAGCCUGGGGGUCGUGUAGAAAAGGAUCACACACCCCUGGUGCAUGAAGAGCCUGUCGAUCUCGACAAGUUCUCAUCUCAGCAGAAUCCUAUGCAGCUAGACUUACAUACCAACAAACGUUGGGAUCAAGAAGGGGAGGACGAGACGGUUCUGGAAAUGCAAACCGUCGCCUCAAUGCUUACCUGUGCGACGAACCGAUCCACCGUGAUCCUGACUCGUCUCGCUACCGAGGUGAAUACGAACCGAGCGCACCCGUCCGGGGAGACAGAGCCGCCUCGUUUGCCCACGCCACCCCCUCCGGAGCCAGGGGCGUCGCCUUUGGCGGAGGGAAAGCUGGCGGGACCUCCGGGUGUGGUGGAAGGCCGCGGGGUCGCCCCCAGUACGCGCCCCCCCCUCCCGAACCCACGGCUGCGCCACGCGAGCCCGAUGAGCCGCUACGCGCCGCCCGACGAGACGACAGAGGCGGAGGUGACAGGUUCAAGUGACAGUGACAAGGAGUCUUUUGAUCCCUUUCAGGAAGCCUUAGCGGCCCGGCAUCGGGACCCGGCGGAGGUGUUGCAAGAGAUGCGUGCCAUGCGGGAAGAAAACCAGCGCGCCUUGUAUGGGCGAAAGCUUAUGUGGUAA